UUUUCUCAGAUGGAUAUCAUUGCUUUAAUGGAUGAAACAGAUUUUGAUAUGGGCAAAGCAGGACCUUUAGCUCAAUUUAUGGUAACUUCUACGUACGUUAAAAGAAUGGCUGAAAAAAUGAUUCACGCCUGCCCCACAGCACUAGUCGCGAUUUUUGCACGUCCCGUUACAUCUUCACUGGCAAUGGUAUCUGAAUUAUAUAAACGUGCGGGAUGGUGGGAUCCUGAUAGAAUAAUUGGAUCUACAGCAAUCGAUUGCAUGAGAAUUGAAGCAAUGGCUGCUCAUUUAUUGGAUUUGAAUCCAGCAUAUUUUUCGGUGCCAAUCGUAGGUGGUGCUGAUCCUUGUACAGUGGUUCCAUUAUUGUCCCAUGCUAAACCGAUUAAUCUGUUCACAAAGGAUCAAGAAAAUAUGCUGUUACGAAGACUUCGAUCUGCUGACAAGGAACUGGCUAGUACAGAAUUGAAAGGACCUAAAAUAUCAAGCGGUGCUGCCGCUGCGAAAUUGAUCGUUUCUCUUGCUGGUGGUUUAAGUGGUUAUAAGAAUAUCAUCUCAUGUGCUUUUGUCAGAUCAAAUGUAUUGCCAGUCUGUCGUUUUUACGCUUCGGAACUCGAAUUUGGACCGAAUGGGGUACAAAAGAACUACGGGCUUCCAAAAGUAUCGCAAAGAGAAUUAUCUCUGAUAGAAGAAUCAAUACCAUUGAUAAAUGAAUACGUUAGCGUAGCUAUAGAUAAUGUUCACAGUGAGAAAGAAGAAAAAAUAAAAGUUUGAGUGACUAUAUUUGUAAAGUUGUUUCUCAAAUGAAAAUGGUAUCGGUCGUUAAUGUCGCAUGGUAAUUAUAACGGAGCUAGAAAUUCCCGCCAAAGGAAAUUCCCAGCUACUUUACCGACAAUAUCGAAAAAUGUCAUGUAAAUUCAAUAUCUCGGAUUUAUCAAUUAAUGACUAUGUUGUUUUAAACGUGACGCUAAGGUCAACAAAUACACAUAUGACAUAAUCACCAUUUUCAAAGGAUAUGCUAAACUUUAAACAAUAAACAAAAUUUACUCGUGUAAUAUUGCAAAUUAAUGUAAUAAUCUGCAUUAAUGAUAAAAAAUAAAAAUCGUUGGUAUAUCUUGGAUAUUCAAA